CUCGCCUGCGCGCGUUUAAAUGACGUCAUCACGACAGCGUCCGCCCUGCCCUUGAAGCGACCACAAGACUGGCAAGAUGGUUGCAUACUGGAGACAAGCGGGACUCAGCUACAUCCGCUUCUCGGCUAUCUGCGCCAGCGCGGUGCGGGCCGCCCUCAAGCCGCAGGUGAAAAGUGAAGCGAUGAAGGCGGCCGAAGCCAGCGUCAAAAUAGUCAAGCCCAAAACUGUCUGAUGUGAUCCCGUGACGUAGACCUCUUCUUCCUGCAACUGUCUGGGGGGAGAAGGACCAAGUGAUGGUCAGAAGAGAUGGGAUAACUACAGAAUGGCAAUUAUCUCCCUGUUAUUUGUAAUUAAAGUUAUAUUUAAGCGGA